UUUCGAUUUCACCCAAUCCAUCACGACACCGCAGAAACGAACGCAAGUCAUCGAUGUUGCCCAUAAACAUUCAACCACCGUGCUCGCUUGAUCUGAUAAGAUGGCUAGGCCACUAAAGCGAAAGGCUGAUCACCAGUUGACGCGAUCGACAGCAGAAGAGCCCGAUCAAGAAAGCAAUACUAUGUACCCAUUCCAGGCGACGCUGUCCCUUGUCUCCAAUAUUUGCCGCAGCAUCUACAAUCCGGUCUACAACUACUUCUUCACAACACCAGCAGAAAUGGCGCCAGUGAGCCCCGCAGAGUGUUCAGAGGACCCUAUGAAAAUGAAAUAUGAGAGCGCGACUCUCCCAGUCACCGAGAAGCGCCAGCGACGGUCGAAGCUUCCAAGAUCGAAGUCUGUGGUCGAUGAAUAUCGAAGAGCAGUACGAGGCGCAGCAGAUGUCACACAUUGCAAAGAUGAUGAAGAGGCUCGCAAACAUCUCGAUAAGUUCUGGGAGCCACCUGAGCUGGGCUAUUCGAAACCGAAACCAAAACCAUAUAAAGCUACCAAGCCGCCACCUACUCCGGAUUCUUUGCCACAAGGUCGGGGCCCAGAAAGAAGACACUCUGAUUCAUCUUUCUCACCAGGGGCUUCAACGAACUCACACGUAUCACCAGACACUAGGUCAAAGUCGAAAGGUUUCAUCUCAUCGUGGGGUCAUGCACCAGCUACACCAGAGUCGUUACCUCAAGAUGAUAUGCCCUCGACUGCUGCGAAGGGAGGUUUGGUUGAAGCUUUGGAGAGCCUGUUUCUCGGGAAAGGCCUUGACUUUGGUCCUAAGCCUUCGGAACGCAAACUGGCAGAACUUGCAGAGGGGCAACGGAUACGAGAACUUAAAGCAGAGGAAGAGAGAACAGCACGACAGCGUGAGAAAAUAAGGCGUGUCAUACAGGAUGCGAAGCACCGUCGACUCGCCCGCCAGUUUCCCUCAAAGGCCUUGGUCGAACCUCUGGUCACAAAGUGGGAUACUAUUGUCAGUAACGCCCAGUACGGUCAUCACGACAAAACCAUUACCACAUCUCUCGAGGGCACUGAACUGCGCUCAAAAGACUUCAAUACCUUGUUAGGCCAGCGUUCUUGGUUGAAUGAUGAGAUCAUUAAUACUUAUAUCGAGUGGAUUGUUGUUGCAGCUAAUGAAGCAGCUUCUGCAGAGGCAAAGGCAUUUGGAGAGACGCCAAGCCCAGUCCCCAAGUUCAUUGCGCACAACAGCUUCUUCUACGUGAACUUGAGGAAUAAAGGCCCAUCGAGCACUGAUAGACUGAUGAAGAGGAAGAAAGCCCCCGGCGCCUCUCUCAUGGAGGUGGAUACAGUUUUCGUUCCCAUAUGUCAAGGUGCUCAUUGGACUAUUGGAGUAGUUCGCCCAGUGGCAAAGACAAUUGAAUACUUUGAUAGUAUGGGAGGUUCUCCGGCAGAAUUCAUCCGUCAGAUGCGGGGAUGGCUGAAGCAUCAGCUCGGGUCAAAAUACAGAGAAGAGGAAUGGACGACUCCGAACACUAAGUGCGCAGUACAAACGAAUGGGUAUGAUUGUGGGGUGUUCGUGUGUACGAAUGCAUUUUGUGUUGCUUCCGGAAUCGAUACUUCCUGUUACAAACAAGAGGAUAUGACGCCGCAAAGGAGGUGCAUUGCGGCAAUUCUUAUCAACAGAGGAUUCAAAGAAGAUUUUCAGUGGGGACGACAAGGUCUACUGCCAAUUCCUGAGUAUCUCGAUUGGGGGGAAGGAGGAAUUGUGGAAGCGCUUGAGAAACUUUCUCAUUGUGGUCAAGACCACUUGAACUCUUUCAAAUGUGGCACUGGGGUUCAGCUUAGACAUGAAUCACGUCACGCCGGUCUACAAUCGGUGGGUUAGAGGCUUUGCAUUUAUGGCGUUUUGGUGGGAAGGAAGGCUGCACAAAGAUACCCAUCUGUUUACAUAUGCAAAGGCGCAAGCAUUAUUGGCUGGGACUUUGUCAAGGCGUUGAGAACCUGAGAAAGCGAGUUCGCUAUGAUGUGUAUUAUCAAAUGCAG